GUAACCGAACCGGAAUUUUCCUAAAGUUUUUUUCUGCACACUUCUGCAGCUCCUCUCUCGGGACCAAACUCUUCGUGUGGGCGAGCAUGUGUGUAUGCGACACCUGCGCUAAGUGUCCUCCAAGAUUCGACACGGCUUCCUUUUCUCCUACAAUCUCCUGGGUUUGCGGACCGGAAGAGUCCUUAAACAAAAAUAGCUCGGCGUGCACUUCCGGAAGUGAGGCGCAGGGUUCCGGGAGGGCGCUGGCGGGAGAGCGACAGGUAAGAGGCGACUGCUGCUGGAGGAUGAAGAAGGAGCAUGUGCUGCACUGUCAAUUCUCCGCCUGGUACCCGCUUUUCCGAAGCCUAACCAUCAAGAGUGUCGUUCUUCCUCUUCCUCAGAAUGUAAAGGAUUAUUUACUAGAUGAUGGAACUCUGGUGGUUUCAGGAAGGCAAGAUCCACCAACACACUCUCAGCCAGACAGUGAUGAUGAAGCAGAAGAAAUACAGUGGUCUGAUGAUGAGAACACAGCCACACUUACGGCACCAGAAUUUCCAGAGUUCACCACUAAAGUGCAGGAGGCUAUCAAUUCCCUGGGAGGCAGUGUCUUUCCUAAGCUUAACUGGAGUGCCCCACGGGAUGCAUACUGGAUAGCAAUGAAUAGUUCUCUCAAGUGUAAAACCCUCAGUGACAUCUUUCUACUUUUCAAGAGUUCUGACUUCAUCACUCGUGAUUUCACUCAACCCUUUAUUCACUGUACUGAUGAUUCUCCAGACCCUUGUAUAGAAUAUGAGCUUGUUCUCAGAAAAUGGUGUGAGUUAAUUCCUGGAGCUGAGUUUCGAUGUUUUGUCAAGGAAAACAAGCUUGUUGGCAUUUCACAGAGAGACUACACACAAUACUAUGAUCACAUUUGUAAGCAGAAGGAAGAAAUCUGCAGAUGCAUACAAGACUUUUUCAAGAAGCACAUACAGUAUAAAUUCUUAGAUGAAGAUUUCGUAUUUGAUGUCUACAGAGACAGUAGGGGAAAGGUGUGGCUAAUUGACUUCAAUCCAUUUGGUGAAGUCACAGAUUCACUUCUGUUCACUUGGGAAGAACUAAUAUCUGAGAAAAACUUAAAAGGUGAUUUUAGUGAAGGAGAUGCUCAGGAGCAGGACUCUCCAGCUUUCCGUUGCACAAAUAGUGAGGUUACGGUACAGCCCAGCCCCUAUCUGAGCUACCGACUGCCCAAGGACUUCGUGGACCUGUCCACUGGGGAAGAUGCUCACAAGCUCAUUGACUUUCUUAAGCUGAAAAGAAAUCAGCAAGAGGAUGACUGAGCGGAGUGCUAGAGUUCAAGAGCAGGUGAAAGAGACAACUAUGGCUACUUCGAGAGACUGCUUGGUGGCCACAACUCCAGUGACCCUGGCAGGGGGGAGAUCUGCAGCUUUUUAUAUCAUGUAUAUCACCUGGAGAAAGUAGGACUUUGUUACUUGUAAAAAUAGCAUAAUAAACCGAUCUUAAACAGAAAACCAUACUGUUCUGAGAAUAAAAUAACUUUCUAU